CGCUAUAAUUCUAACAUCGAUGAGGGAUGACAUUGAUAUUUAUCGAAUAUUCGAUAUAUCGUUACAUCCCUAGUCGUUCCUGUUGAUCGAUCGCUCGUUUUGGACAUGCCUCUCUCUCUUCUGUGUUCCAGCCGGCCGGUGAAAACAAUUCAAAAUAUUUAAAGUGUUUAUCAGAUUGUAAAUGUUUACAAAGUAAACAUGAAUGACGCUAAAUAUCAUUCAUUAAAAAGCCGCAUUCGUGAAGAAGCUCAGCUUCUAGCUGAGCAAAAAUGGAUUAAAGAGGCUUUGGUGAAAAUCAGAGCUCAGCGUAAUGCUUUACAUAUUGAAAGGAUGCAGUUGGAAGCGAUGAGAGCAGCGAUGAUCCCCACAUUGCCUCCAGAUCAUUAUGCGAGAGUCAAUGAAGAAAAGAAAAAGAAGGCUGCAGCAAAGGCUGCAGCGAAGGCAGCAUCAAGGGCCGCAAAGAAAACGUCUGAAACAGUUACAGCUGAAGUAUUUAAAGUUCCCGAGACCCCUAAAACAAAGAAAGUGCCUGCCACAACAGACAAAGUGGCUGCUACAACAAUGAAAGCGACUGCUGCAACAGAUAAAGUGGCUGCUACAACUAGCAAAAUGGCUGCUGCUACAAUUAGCGAAGCGGCUGCUAUAAUAGACGAAGCGGUUGCUACAACAAGCAAAGCAGCUGCUACAACAGACGAAGCGGUUGCUACAACAAGCAAUGCGGCUUCUACUACAGACGAAGUGGCUGCUUCAACAAGCAAAGCGUCUGAGCCGUUUGUGGAGCCUGAUUCACCCCUUGCUGAGUUUCUGAAGAAUGAGGCUACGUGCAACUCGCUGCCUCUUGAUUUGGGCGUUCCGCCAAUGUUCGGUGGAGGUCAUGCAUUCCGCAUCGAGCAGUUUGAAGAGGAGGAGGAGGAGGAGGAGGACGAGGACGAAGAUUUUGAAAAUGAUGAGGAUCUACUCCUCGACAUGAAUAUGUUCAUGAACUGCGCUCAGCCACCGCAAGAGUAAACUCUGCAUUGUAUGGCAAGGUCUGGC